AUGGCAUCCGCUGUCUCCUCGGCUAAUGGUCUGCUGACCUCGACUUUGCUUGUUGCUAAUAUCCAUUGUCCAUCUUGCGCCUCUUAUGCCGAGGACAUUCUGCGACCUUUUCAAGGAAUUCGAAACGUUGAUGUAUCCAUCAUUGACCAUGCCAUACGCAUACAACACGAGGUGGAUAUUUCCAGGCGGUUUACAGACGAGUUGGUGAAAGCAGCAUUUGAGGUUCAGCAUAUCUCUACAUGUGACGCCUCAGGGCGUCAACUGCACACACGCGAUGUUCCUCACGAGCCUACGAAGCCUACAUCGUACCAUCUAUGGCCUGUCUUCAUGUCUCGAGCGCAGAGAAAGCACAUCGAGAAUUGCAACGCAUGCCAGAGCGAGCGCCAAAAAUACAGCAUCAAACACCGAACAUGGUCCGCCCUCACGCAAGCAAGGCGACGUGGUCAGGCUUCUGUGGAUGUUUCGGCCCUCGAGCGUGGAGAAAGCCAACUGCAUACUCCCGUAGGCAACCGGUCUUCACUUGCUCUUACGAAUGGUACAAGCUCCCUUGAGAAGGAUGAGGCAAAAGUCUAUAUAGCGACUAUCUCCAUUGAAGGCAUGACAUGUGCUUCGUGUAGUGGCACUAUCACCGCUGAACUUGAGCAGAUGGACAUUGUCCAGCACGUCGGUGUUAAUCUUCUCAGCAACAGUGCAACUGUCACAUUCAGUGGUCCCAGCUCCAAUGCAGAUAACAUUGUCGAAGCUAUUGAAGAUGUGGGCUACGAGGCUACCAUCGACGAUGUCCAGGCUGCUGUUUCACCCAAUGACUCGAACCACUUUUACAAGGCGUCUCUUAGUAUUGAGGGCAUGACAUGUGGGUCCUGUGUUGGAACGAUUACCAGGGGCCUUCAAGACCUCCCCGAUGUCCAAGAGGUCAAUGUUGACUUGGUGGGAGACGGUGCCACCGUCGGGUUCAAAAAUUGGUCAACUGUUGAUUCGAUUCUUACUAAGAUUGGGGACUUAGGCUACGGUGCCACUGUCGUCGACUUUGAGGAGCUCUACGCCAAAGAACAAGGGCGCGCCUCUCACGAACGCAGCGUACAGUUCCAAAUAUCUGGAAUGUACUGCCCUAAUUGCCCUAUCAACAUUGCAAGUGCUAUACACGGGGCUUUUGGUGAUGAUGUACUCAUCUCGGAGCAUCCAAGCCUUAAAAACCCUCGAAUCACUCUUGCCUAUAGGCCCAACCCUCCGACAUUGACAAUACGUCGCCUACUGUCCGUGAUAAAUGCCGUUGAUGCUGCAUGGUCAGCCACAGUCUAUCACCCUCCGAGCGUCGAAGAGCGGUCACGCACGUUGCAGCGCAAAGAGCGAGAUCGCAUCCUUCGCCACCUUUUCCUGACCUUUCUUGUCGCAAUCCCAAGCUUUAUCAUUGGUGUCGUGUACAUGAGCCUUGUGUCCGAGGAAAAUGGGACAAGACGAUGGUUUGAAGAACCAAUUUGGAGUGGCACUACUAUGCGAAUGGAGUGGUCACUUUUUAUCAUGACGACUCCAGCCAUGUUCUACGGUGCCAGCAUCUUCCAUGCUCGGGCUCUAAAAGAGAUCUGGUCUUUAUGGAGACCAAAGAGCAAGGUUUCUUUUCUACGAAGACUCUAUCGAUUCGGCAGCAUGAACCUGCUUAUCAGCGCAGGAACAAGUGUGGCUUAUUUCGCAUCCUUAGCGGUCUUGAUCAUGGAAGCGACGGCCUCUCAGCCUAUAGAUACCCAUCACGACAUGGAUAAUCGGCGCAAGUCGAUGACUUAUUUUGACACUGUCACCUUUUUGACCUUCUUCAUAUUGAUAGGCCGUUUUCUAGAGGCCUACAGCAAAGCCAAAACUGGAGAUGCAGUCGCUAUGCUUAGUGGCCUUCGUCCUACCGAGGCGCUGCUACUAGACGACAGUUUUGACGAGAAUGGACCAGAAUACAAACCUGCAACGAGGAAGGUCCCAGUGAGCCUUCUUGAGGUUGGAGAUAAUGUCGUUAUCCUUCAUGGUGCAUCUCCACCCACUGAUGGCAUACUCGAGCAAGAUGGAACGUUUGUGUUCGACGAAAGUUCUCUUACAGGAGAGUCGAAGCCUGUCAAAAAGAUUCGUGGCGAUACUAUUUUCACCGGCUCUGUGAAUGUUUCAGACCCAGUCAAGAUCACAGUUACCGAGCUUGGCGGCAAGUCUAUGCUGGAUCAAAUUGUCGCUGUGGUACGCGAUGGCCAAGCCAAGCGAGCACCCAUUGAACGCGUAGCCGACCUGCUGACUGGUUAUUUUGUCCCCGCUAUCACAAUGCUAGCUAUUGUGACGUGGAUCGUCUGGCUUGCUCUGGGAACAUCAGGUAGACUGCCGGCGGAUUGGCUUGAUGCUGAUCAAGGAGGGUGGGCCUUCUGGUCUGUGGAGUUUGCGAUUGCAGUCUUUGUCGUUGCUUGCCCCUGCGGCAUCGGACUGGCUGCUCCAACAGCCCUCUUCGUCGGCGGCGGACUAGCUGCAAAGUCCGGCAUCUUGGUUCAAGGCGGCGGCGAAGCAUUUCAGGAGGCAUCUCAGUUGGACGCCAUAGUGUUCGACAAAACUGGCACACUGACAGAAGGACAGAUGAUGGUUACAGAUGUUCAAUUCCUCGACGAAAAGAAAGCAGUCUUGCUGCAGCACCUUGUGUUUGCACUUACCAAAGCUAUGGAAGAGUCCAGCACGCACCCUAUUGCGAGAGCAGUUGCUGAUUACUGCUCUCAACAUGGAGCCGACCGCCCUGAAGUUGUGAUCAAGAGCGCCGAAAUCAAGGAAAUGCCCGGACAAGGGAUGACUGGGAGGUUCGUUUUGCAGGACCCUUCAUCGCCUACAGACACAGCAUACGAAGCUGCCAUCGGCAACGGACGAUUAUUGUCUACUCUCUCGCCCUCCGUUACGGAGCAUAGCCAAGUGUCGGCAACCAACCUUUACCUGAGUCAAAUAUUGGCUCGACUCCAGUCGACUGGCUUCUCGACUGCUAUCUUCUGCUGGCGCAAGUUACCCCUGGAUGCGCUCAGUGACACCUCUUGCGCUGCUGCAUCUCCAUUUGUUCCUAUAACAGUAUUUGGCAUCUCUGAUCCAAUCCGACAAGAAGCACAAACAGUCCUCCAAGCUCUCCGAGACAGUGGAGUCGACGUCCACAUGUGUACUGGAGACAACCAAACGACAGCUCAAGCCAUAGCAUCACAACUCAGCAUCCCCGUCUCCAAUGUCCGUGCCGGCAUCAUGCCUCAGGGCAAAGCAUCCUAUAUCCGAGAACUCCAGUCCCUCGGCCAAUCCUCCCGUCGUCGCAUCAUUGCCUUUGUCGGUGACGGGACAAACGACACACCCGCCCUUUCCGCCGCGGACGUGUCGAUCGCACUUUCUUCCGGGUCCGAUGUUGCGGUGACAACGGCAUCUUUCAUUCUCCUCAACAGCAGUUUGCAGACGAUCCCUGAGCUCGUUAAACUUGCUAAGCGGGUGUUCCUACGAGUGAAGCUGAAUUUCGCUUGGGCGGCGGUCUACAAUAUCUGUUUGAUUCCUGUUGCAGCGGGAGUGUUCUUUCCCAUCAGCCAAUGGAGGUUAAGUCCGGUCUGGGCGAGUGCAGCCAUGGCUGGGAGUAGCGUUAGUGUAGUAUUGAGUAGUUUGGCACUCAAGUUGCCGGAAUUGGAGUGGAUGAAAGUAAAGGGGUUGUUUGCCAGAAAUGAACAUGUUGGAUGA